CAAGACAUGAAGAGUCACCGAGACGAGCAACUUGGAAUCGAGUCGACUUCUAUCAAAAGUACAGUACUCCGUACUUUGGAUCCCAUUAUCAUUCUUCCAGGCCGUCCCCUUGACCUCUAUCGUUUUUUGAAAUCCGUUCUCUUGCUCAAGGCCUCUGGUCUUGCCUAACUUUUUGAACACAAUGGCUUCUCCCACCUCGUUUUCGUUAAAGAUUCCCUGCUCCUCCGCCAAUAUCGGACCUGGUUUUGAUGUGAUCGGCCUGGCAUUGUCCCUUCAUCUCGAAAUUCAAGUCACCAUUGAUACCUCUAAGAGCUCUUCUCAACAACCACUCAAUUGUGUGAUCACUUAUGAGGACCGGAGCAACAGCGUCGAGAAGAUCGACCUGGACCCGGAAGUGAAUCUGAUCACCCGUGUAGCUCUAUAUGUACUUAGAUGCCAUGACCAGAGGGCAUUCCCCGCUGAGACCCAUGUGCACAUUGUAAACCCAAUUCCACUGGGCCGGGGUCUCGGCUCAUCAGGCACUGCAGUCGUGGCCGGUGUAAUGCUGGGAAAUGAAGUAGGCCGUCUGGGUCUGAGCAAGGAGCGGAUGCUAGAUUAUUGCUUAAUGAUAGAGCGACACCCUGACAACGUUGCUGCCUCGCUCUUUGGGGGUUUCGUCGGAACCUACCUCAACGAGCUCAAGCCUGAGGACGUAGCGCGCAAGGAAAUCCCCCUUAGUGAAGUCCUUCCCGCCCCCGCCGGUGGCGUUGAUACCGGAAAGAGGCCCCCUGAGCCUCCUAUUGGAAUCGGCCACUAUAGGAAGUUUCAGUGGGCCAAGGAAAUCAAGGCCAUCGCUAUCAUCCCCGACUUUGUGGUGCCAACCGCCAACGCCAGAAGCGUCUUGCCGACUUCCUACUCGCGAGCGGAUGUGGUUUACAACCUCCAACGCGCUGCUUUGCUCCCUGCCGCCCUGGGCAGUUCCCCCCCGGACCCGGACAUGAUCUAUCUGGCUAUGCAAGACAAGGUUCAUCAGCCUUAUCGCCAGACUCUUAUUCCGGGUCUGACGGAGAUUCUCCAGUCGAUGAAUCCACGUACUCAGCCUGGUCUCUUGGGAAUAUGCCUUUCUGGCGCGGGUCCAACUAUUUUGGCUCUAGCAACCGACAAUUUCGAGGAGAUCGCAGAUCGUAUCAUUGCUCGCUUUGCUUCCAAUAAUAUCACUUGUCAGUGGAAGCUGCUCGAGCCUGCCCAAGCCGGUGCCACUAUCCAGUACUAAAGCACGUGCCAAUUUGCCACAAUUCCGUCCCGCUUUCUACGAGAAUUCACAUAGGACUACAGAUCUGAAGCAUGAUUCUAUGGUCUUGAUAGCGUGCCAGUCUGUGAAUUACUAAUAGAUUACCGGAGCAAAGCAUGCACACAGGAAAUGGGUGCUAGGAUCAUAAAGCGGACUUGCUACUUAACGACCUAUAAGUUAUAAUGGGAAAUUGCCCUUUAUCUUAGGGGCCUCUAG